CUUUGUUUGGUACCGCGGGAGUUGAAGAUAGCAUUCAAGAUCUCCAAGAUGCCGAGCAAAAAGAAAAAGUUUAAUGCCCGAUUUCCACCGGUAAAUUCGUCUUUCUACUAUGUUUCCUUACCUAGGUGCAUAAUCUAAUCUUUCGUUUUUGCUUUUAAAGGCGCGGAUCAAGAAAAUAAUGCAAACCGACGAAGACGUUGGAAAGGUUGCAGCUGCAGUACCUGUGAUUAUUUGUAUCCUAGCUUGUAGAAACAAAACUUUUGACUUAUUUGAAACCGAACGUCGUUCAGAUUUUAGUAUUCCCUAUUUCCUUUUUAAAAUUCACAUGAGAUAUAACACAAUAAAUGCACAUGAGAUAUAACAUAAUAGCAAGUGAAAGGAUUCAUUAGCUGGACUAUGCUAUCAUUAUUUUUACAAAACUCGGUUGGAAGAGGAAAUUCAUUCUUGCCUACUUUACCCAUGAAGACUUCGAGUGUGUUCUACGUUUUUUCCUUAAUUGUUUCAUUCCUCAGCGAAAGCACUCGAGAUGUUUUUACAGUCCCUGGUAGAAAGGGCGAGUGAAUAUACGAGAGCCAGGAAUGCCAAGACGAUGACUACACAACAUCUGUGAGUGAUUUUUAUUUCUUAUGUUAUCUCUUUUACAUAUGCUUAAUACUUAACUUAUACCAACAGAACUGCUUCUUACAUUUUAAGUGUUAUUUUUGCAUUUCCGUGAUCGUUUUAUGCUGUUUUGUUCCAGUUUUAUUUCUGACAGCUAUAAUUAGGUCACAUAAAUUUUAACAAUAGUAAUAUUUCUUGACACAAAGCUUUUAAGAUCAAUGUUCCAUCUGAUCUAUUUGGAAGGUUUGGAUUUCUGUUUAACCUCUCGAGUUUAAGGAGGUUUGUAUUUAAACACUUACUUUCAACUCUUAAAGUGAAAUAGUUCCAUGUACAAACCAAAUUCUAAAAUGAUAAAUCAAUCUUUAUACUAGUAAAUUCUUGCUACUCUUGAAUCAUCAAUAUUUUAUUUCUAUUGUCAGUACUGAGACAAUACAUUCCUUCAGUGGUUAUUUUGUUUAACAUGCCUGUCUAGACAUCACUUUACAUGUAGUUAGCUGUAGUUAAUGUUAUGAUUUGUUAUGUCAAAUGAUAAUUUCUCUUUUUGUUGACUGUGGAGCUGUAAGGUAACUGUCAGGAUCAUUUUGAACAAGGCAAAAUUAUUAAAGCUAUAUAGUGGAACGUCAAUAAUAUUUUUUUCAUGCAAAAUACCUCUCCAUUUCUGACUGGCUUUAAAUCCCCAUCCAGUUUCUCAUAACCUGCUAGCACUAACCAAAUUCGGAAGAUGAUUACAAUGAUUAUUCUAAUGUUGAUGUCAGUGAUGGAAUAAUUGACAUAAUUAACAUCAUGCAAGACUACAGUGCAGCAGGUUAGCUGUUCUGGUUUUGCAGAACUCGAAAAAUGGUGAAAGAGUCUGCAGCUACGAGAAAUAUCGGGCUUCCUGUGGUGAUUAAAAAUGAUAACAAGAAUAUGCAAAACUACCACUCAAUGAAUGUCAACUGGUUUUGAGGGUUCAAGAUCUGGAACUGCAGAGGAACUGGUAAACUUUUUAUUUUUUCUGGCUUAUAGCCAGUACCCAUUAUAGCAACAUCUGUGUAAGUCCGUAAGUCUGAUUCUAUUGUCCUCAGAGCACACGACAUUAAUGCAGCAUUCUCCAGAAAAUUUGAAAAGGAGAAAAACAUUGAGUAGGCAGCAACUGAUAAGAUCAAAAGGUGCAUCUUUCACAUUGCAUAAUUGUGUGCAGGAAUAGGUAUGGUAAGGGGGCAAACCCCUUUCAGUGGGAGAGAAUUGGAGCCUCCCCUGGAAAAAUUUUUAUUUUAGGGUUCCUGAAAAGUGCAUUUCAGUACAUUGCAUUUAAGUGAGCAGCGAAAGAAGUUGUUUGUCACCUUUAUUUACCCAUACUUGUAGACAAAUAUAGUGUUGAGAACCAAAAUAAAGUGAAAUUUGAUAGAUUUGUCCUGCUUAAAACAAUUAUUUUCUGUGAGUAGUUGGCGCCUCUAUGUCAACUUGACGACGAUUUUAGCCCCUUACCGGAGGUUUAAUACGUGCUAUUGCUCAUUUUUUUGGAUGAAUUUUUUCUUUUUUUAAGCCCAACAAUUUAAUAUUGUAUUGUACAAGUAUUGUAUUGUUCAAAGAUAAUUAGAUGAAAAGAAUUAAGUUUUUAAACAGUUAGUAAGUUAUAAUCAAGAUCCGCCUUUGAUAGUUGUUGGUGCCUUUUUUUCGAGGACUUUGCUAACCCUGCAUUUUUCCUUUUAAGCUUUAAAAAUUUCAUUAUCAUUAGGGUUUCAAUCUUGAUCUCAUGCUCUUUUUUUAAUGCAAUUUUUUUUAUUUUUUUGCAUUAAAAAAGUGCAUGAGAUAUCAGGAUUCAAACAAUAAAAAAAUGGGAACUAUAAGUUUACUCAGGCGACGAUCUAGGAUAAAUACCGACUGAUUUCCUAAACGAGCGCCAAAAAAGGAAGCUUCUAGGGAGUUCUGGGGCGUGCUUCCCUAGAAAUUUUUUUUUUGGAUUAUAACUCCCAAAAGUCUUUUGAGUCAUUCAGACAGGAUAUUUACUGUCUGCCAAAACUGUACGACAAAUUUCAACUUGGAAAAUUUUUUGGUUUAAUUAAAAAUAUAUUAUUAUGAAAAAUCUGACCAAUUUCCAUAUGACAGUGGAAAUCAGUGUGGAUCCACGCCUGGUGCUACAGUUUAAAAGACUUCACAAACAGCUAAGUUAGACCAAUGGCAUACCGAAAUGAGUCAAGGUUUUCUCAAGUUUACUCCAACUCCCUUAUUUAUUGAAAUACUUUUUCAGAACAAUAUAAAUAUAGGAAACAGAAAACAAACGUAUUGAAAACAACAACAACAAAACAAGGUGGGUGAGUGAAACAAACCACUGAAUAAUUGAAUUUUACCUUUUGAAAAAAGAUGUCCUUGUAGCACACUGCAUUACUAUUUAACCUCUGGAGCAGAGGUACCAGGUUCAAUAACCAGCAUCAACCAUUUUUUUCUAUAAAUGUAAUAGAUGUUAUUUCAUUUUUAUGGUUACUUGCUCCAGUAACAAAAGAACUCCAAAUUAUUAUUCCUUGGAGUUUUACAGCUUCAGAACUUGUUCUUAAGGUCAAAAAUUAUCAUUAUUCUUAAAAGCAUGCAUGCUAUUCCUGAAUGAAAAAUAUUCCCUAAGGUGAAGAAAAUGGUCUCGCACAAUGAUGCAAACAAAUGGAGCCAACAGUCACUAAGUGUUUUGUAUUUUGUGUGUGAAGUUUUGUGCUUACGGUGUGUCAAUGAACAUUCGUUACUUUGAAAGAAGUGAUGAUUAGAAAAUUUCCAUCUUUUGAUCAGAAAAAGGAAUCUUUACUCCAAUAAUGCAAUCCAUUCCUGACAAAUGAAUAACUUACAACAGUUUGCCUUAACGUGUGUCAAACUUUAAUUGCUCUGUUGUGAAACGUGUCAUGUUUGGCACCAUAUUAAAAUGUGUUUUUUUCCCAAGGGAUACAAUGUAAUAAUACAUUACGGAAUCGCGCCUGUAGAAACGCGUCGCUAGUAAAUGCAAAUUUUUCUGUCAAUCAAAUGUGUCCUAUUAUUUGUAGGUGGAAAUUGGUGAAACAUCGUUAUUGUUUUGGAGACAAUAGAAGAACAAAAGAUAACAGAAAGAUCAAGUUAUGCGGUCUUAAAGCGUGUUGCGUGACAUUAAUCAGUUGCAGCAUUUCUUUUAACUUUCCCGCAUUAAAACGUUGGAAUGAAAAGUCUGAGGCUUGACUUUUAAAAUCUUGAUAGCCAAAAUAAAAAAGGUGCCCCAAAGGCAAGCAUUUGGGAAUUCAAAAUCAAUAUUUUUGUCUCCAGCGAAAUCCGGCGGGUGAACAGUAAUUUGCAUAUAAGCGUAAGUGACGCGAAAUAGACACAAAUUGCCGUGGUUGUAAGGAAAUUUUUUUCCUUUUGAAAAUGUAAAUUCGCAUGAAAGAGCUUAACUUGCACAAAAUAAUAUAAAAUGAGACAAGUCAAAUUGAAACGUGGUAAAAAAGUCAGGAUAUUUCAGUUCGAUGGAUUGGGUAGGUGAUUUGCAUACUGAUAAAAACAACGUCUAGCGCAGUUCAAAACCGUUCGACUUCCUGAAUUGCUUUUCUAGAAUUCUAUACAUUCUGUUGGCCUAAAUCGUUGAAAUAUCUUAUGAAGUCAAAAUAUUUAUCAAGUUGAGCUUGUGCAUUUCCUUAUAAAACAGAGAGUAGCGCGAAAGCUUCGAUCUAUAGAUUUUCUCAAGUUAAAUUACCUUUGUAUCGUGGAAACAAUACGUUAUUAAACACUUGAGUCUUGAAUCAAAGGACGCGACAUGCGUCGGCUUCCUUUGUGAGCGCGCAAAUAGUCAUGGGACCCGCGAUUUUGUGGGCGACACGGAUCUACAGGCGCCAUUCCGUAAUGAAUUAUUAUUAUUCCUUGGAGUUUUUUAAACUCUCAAACUUCCUCUUUGUUAAUAUCUUAAAUUCUUUAGGUGAAUAAAACUGUUUUAAAACUAAACACAAAUCAAGUCAGAUUCUUCAUUCUGAUAAACUGUCGCCUACUUUGCGUGUGAACAAUAAAUUUGUCAAACACUUUCCUUGGAAUGUUUGGCGGCAAAAUCUGUCAUGUUUGCACCUAAUAAGAACAGGUCAUGUUUGUCGCAUGUACAUGCUUAGAAGCUAGAUCAUUAGCCUGCAUAGCAAGAGUUUCCCAUCGAGUUAUUGAGCGAAGGUUAGAGUGGGAGCAGAAAACAAAAAGGUGGAAGGGAGAGGGGAAAAGAGGAAACGCUUGCCUGCUAACCCCAUGAUACUGGAAAACGCCACUUGAUAUUUUACAGUUUGGUUCAUUUGUAAAUUGACAGCUCGUCAAAAUAGAAGAUAAAACAAACAGAUUACCCCUGGAUUACCAGAUUUGUAAAAUUAAUGUUUUCUCUAAUAGAACACGCUCCAGGCGAUUGCAGAAACUGUAAUGAAAAAGGUUUACGAUAAAAGAACGUUAAAACUCCGAGCAAUUACUACAGAAUUUCUUGUUUUUUUAUUAUGUGGCUUUAUCUCGUCUGAAAUCUUGUUGAAACGUCAAUUCACUCUGCUGGCUUUAAGUUUUGAAGAGCGGCUGCUCUUCAGCCCGUGUUGAAACGUUCUCUACAAUACAUGCCACUAAAUGUCCAAUAAACAAAAAGAAUCUUUUCAUUUCAAAAAGCUGACAAAUCCAGUGUUCUCCUUAUCAGGCGGUAACCGGUAAAAUUUACCUCUUGAAACAACACUUCUUACCGCCUGCAACCUCUUGAAGUGUUACUAUUAUUAUAAUCAAAUAAAUUCUUUAAAAAAAUAUGCAAGUAGUGAUCCAAGCCGAUCCCCGCAAGAAAAGGAAGUAAAUACAAAAAAACAAAAAGUAUACACAGCUAUUCUCCCUAAUUACUUUAUUUAAAUGCUGACUGGCACCUUUCAAAGCACUGCAGGCUCACAAUUUUUGUUGUGGGCUUCUGUCCCAAUUCUAAGCUUUUUUGACCAGCAGGAAAAGUUCGUGACUUCCGCAACUUGUGUUACUAAAUUGGCCUCAAGGCUGUCCUCUAAUGGUGCCGGAUUGCCUGAGGCAACUAACAUAGAUGCAGACGACUGAAAAAAAAUUCCCGGUCGCCCGGCCGGGCACUCUUGCUUCUAGUGCAGUGUUCAGUUAAGUGGGCAGAAAAAUUAACCAUACCAGUGUUGGUUUGUUGAGGCAGAGUUUACUAAACCCUACAGAAAAUGUUUUUACAAAUAUUCAUCAGAUGUACUCGGGUGACCAACGUGGAGGCCUGGGCACCCCAGCUGGAAUGGUUGGGAGCCCGAAGGGCUCCCUGAAAUUUUUAUUUGGGUGACCAACUUUGAGAUCUGGGCGCCUUAGUUAAAAUGCUUGGGAUCCCGAAGGGCUCCCUGAUAUUUUCCUUAGAGCACAGCCUUGGACCUAGAGGCAAAGGCAGCCUUCAUUCGUAAAAUUCUUUGUUUUGAGGCGUUUAAAACACUUUUCAGUCAAUUUGACAGGAUGCUCGAAAAUAAAAGCCUUCAUGAACGUGAAGCCCCUCCCGUGUCGGGAGAGUGCGCCUCUGGUGCAUAUUAUGGCCUUACCUGUCAAGAAUGGUCCCUUACCUGCUAAGCUAAAAUUUAGGGAGAACACUGCAAAUCGCUGGUCUAUGGCAGCUUUAGCUAGUGUCAAGUCCCAGUGUUCUGAUUUACGUUGAUGUUAUCGCAAACAACCAGUCCCUUUUUUCCCAGUCAGAUCCGCACGCCGUUAUUCUCAAUAAUCUGGCCUUCCCUAGUCUCCACUGCUUGAUCUCCCAUUAUACUUUGAAGACUCUGAUCUCAUAAACCUUUGUACAAACACGAUUCAAAUAAAUAUCAGUUCAAAGCAUUUGUAAUCUGUGACCACAAUAAGAUGAGACCAGAUCUGUGACUCAGCAUACCUGGUUUGAUUGAUGUUUCGAGUGCUAAGUAAUCAACACUACCAGCACCGCACCAAUCAGAAGCUGCGUUUGUGGGCAAACACAGUUUUUCAAAAUCAUGGGGUUUGCGGGCAAGCGUUUCCUUCUUUCCCCUCCCCCUCCCUGGUCAUUCCUUUUUUUUGCUCUCGUCCCAACUUUCUUGAUGACCUCGCGUGGCAACGCUUGCUACGCAGGCUACUAGAUCAUCUAUUAAGUUUAUUUGUGUUAGGUUUUAAUGAGGGGUACAAGUGACUCAAAUACUAGCUAUAUAUUGGUCAUAAUUUUGAUUAACAAUUUUAAUUAUCAUUUGAAGCAAAUUUUUCUUCCUUUUCUUUGGCUGAAAGCCCACCACGUGACCUGCAAAUAACUGCCUACAAAUAACGGUCUGCUCAUGCACAAUGUCAUCCAACUGUGUUUGGCUGCAAAUAAUAUUCUGCUCAUGCGUUAUGUUCUUAUGUGAAAAAAGGCAGAUCGCUUCGCUUCCCGAAGAUAUUCAUUGAAAAACAAACUUGGUGAUCGAAUGAUAAAACAAUUAUUGAACUCAGUUAUCACAAAAUAUUGUGAUUUUCCAGUGUCUCGCACAUUCGGCUUCGGCAAAUAAUAGAUCUGCUCACCACUGACAAAUUACUAUAUUUUGCUCAACCUCGUCCAAUAAUUGUUAAUUAUUUACUUAACUAACAAACAUUUUGUAAAACAUCAACUGCCAAGAAACUGUUGUGAAUGCGGUUUGAAUGAUCAUUGCACUUUGUCAGUAUCAAGAAUAUUAGAAGGAUCAUCUUUUCAAAGGAUAGACUAUAAGAAGUUGAAAAAUUAGUGAAAACUAAGAUGUGUGAUUUUGCCCAAAAGCAUGCAACCCUGAAGCAUCUAAAUUUCCCUUAUUUGGCUUGAGAGUCAUCCCUGUCAAUCCCUGUCUAAAAAGGUAGCUAAUAACAUGUUUUUCAGUCCUUAACAGUCCUCCAAUUAUGUCCAUAACCGAGAGAGAAUAAUCUAAGAGAGGGAAUCCCUAUGUGCCAUAAUAAUUAUUUGAAAUCUAUGUAAAGUUCUAUGUAAAGUUUGUGUGCCAUGAAGGUUGUUUUUGUCUGUUGUUUUUGUGACCCGCACAGUCUAGUUUCACUGAAUGUGACAUGUUUCACAGCCAAACAUUUGAAGUUUGACAGCCAUUAUAGCAAUUAUUGCACCAAAGAUUUAGUAUGUUGUUGACAUUUUUUUUAUUAGCGAGCUCCCAUCAUUAUUUUAUACCAAUGAAUUUUAUUUAGAAAAGAUUGCAGUAUUGGAGUCAAAAUUUCACUUUAAUAAAUUAAAGAUUGGGAUUUUCUAACGGUAGCACAUUUGAAGUAAUGAAUGUUAUAUGCUCACACACCGUACAUGUAAACAUUCAAAGGCAAAUGGUUCACAUGUGAAAUACAAAACCCUAAGCAGGGGGCUGGCUUCAGUCGUUUAUGUUAAUGUGCAAGAUAUUUUUUCUCUCUGUCCAGGAAUAUUCCUCAUUCAGACACAGCACAAGUGCAUUUAAGAAUAGUUCUUAAAUGCACUCCAAAGAAUAGUUGUUAUUCUUUGGAGUUUUAAAGUCAAUAUUGUCUUCUUAACGUCUAAAUACUUGUGAGGAAUUCUGCUGUGUGAACACAAGUAAGCUCAAAUGCUUCAAGCUGCUAAACAGUCCCUUACAUUGUACUUGAACAUUCGUCUAAUGCUGUUAGAAAUUUAAAAUAAUGUUGGGCAGCAAAACAUCAAGUUCACCUGUCAUGUUGCUUGCUGUGCGCAGGCCUCCUGCUGUGCAUGAUCGGUAGUGAAAUGAAUUACCCACCAAGUUUAAAAUGACAUGAUGCCAUUUUUACCAACUAUUGAGGCAUCAUCCAUACAAGAGUCAUGCAGUAUGACACAGAACCAAGAAUAGAUUUAAAAUAAUUUAUAUGGGAAGAAGGUCAUGCAUGGGGGAUUCGCUCUCUUAGAUUAUUCUCUCCUGCCAUGACUUAAUGGUAUAAGGUGGGUCAUUUACAUUUGUUAUAUGACAUAAUCAACAGGUAAAAAAAUUUACAUUUACAGUUAGUGAAGCUGGCGAGUGUGUUGUCAUUUGCACAUGCUAAGCUGCGCUAUGGUGUGUACGAAUAAUUUGCAAAGCAAAAACUUUUUGUAAAAAAAUUUUCUUGCUUGAUAAGUAGUUUUCCAUCUCAGAGGACAUUGCAAGACAUUUUACAUUUUAUUUUGAAUGGCGUCUGCACAUGUGCAUUUCUUGAUGCUAAGAUAGCAAACUUAGAAAACUAGGAGAUAAAAAGAAAAGUUGCAUAAUGUUGUGCUUUUGAGCUUGGGCUAGCCUUCAUCAAGCUUGUAAGAUACAAGUCACGUGUAUUUGACUUUGUAUUGUCAGGAGGAAGUCAAUCCUGGCAUUUUGGCUAUAAUAUUCUGAGUUUGGUUCAAUUUCACUACGUAAUACUGUAAUUGCCCCCAAGGAUUUCCAAAGCACUCACGCAACAAUUCCGUGGAUGAAUAAUUUCAUAUUAGGAAGUAAAUUUUGAUUGGUUCUCCAAAAAGACCCUGCAUUGGAACAGAGUUCUCUGUACGCUGUAGGGUUAUAUGCUUCUGUUUUGUCCCAUCUCUACAGGAAGCGGUGCAUCACAUCAGAAAACCAAUUUGACUUUUUGAAAGAUUUAGUUGCAAAUGUUCCAGAUCUCCCUUCCAAUGAAGAAGAAAGAGAUGGAGAACCAAAGCCAAAAAGGUAUGGAAUACCUGGUGUGUGUGAAGUACAUGUACCUCAUGUUGAAACAGAAGAGUAUCAUACAACUGUAGCUUAAAGUUUUAAUAAUCAUUCAUCAUACAAUAAAAUAUUGUCCAAACAGUGACUCAUUUGACUGUUCAGUGGAUAUUGACUAUAUACUUACCUGACAAUAACUGACAUUGAACAUCUUCAUAAGUCAUUGCUAGCAUGCCAACCUUGAUUGGUUUUCUCUCAGCAAGGUUGUUAAAUGGACUAAUCAGAUGCAAACUGGGUUGGUACAAUUUGACUAACAGCUAAUUUCUGAAACAUUUCAAGAACUGUUUGUUAGUUUGGUCAAACUGUUUUAAAAAAAUGAGGAUUACAAAUAAUAUUGUAUUAAGUAAGCUGUGUUGAAAUUCAUAAGGAAAUCUGAAUAACUGGAUAAUAUUUUGGGGUAAACCUGCUUAAUUCCAAACUUAGGUUGUGUUUUAAAUCAUCCGUGAGCCUCAAUAUAUAUUGUUUUAUAAAUAUAUUUUGGCCAUGCCAAAUUUGAGCCUUACAUGUGUACCCGCAAUGAGUCUUAAAUAACACCCCAAUGAAUGGGAACUACUCAACAGUUCGACCACCUUGAACAAUGGUCUAAGCCAGUUACCCCUGCUACAGCUGCUGCUGACUUCUAUACAGUGUAAUGCUGACCACAAUAUUUGGAUUGUCACCAAGUCAUUAAAAUGUUUAAAGUUAUGGUUACUGAAAUACUUUCAGAAAAAGGACUCCUAAACCUCCCACCCAAAACAAAGAAAGGAAGAAAUCAGAGAAAAGAAAACCUCAAGCUACCACAGUGUCAGAUGACUCUGAAGAGGAACUUGAUUCUGAGGUACAAAUAUUGAAGUUAAUUUUGUGUUGUUCACUAUGUACAAUAUGAACAAUGCUGCGCAACCUUAUGGGCACAAAGUCAUUAAAUUGAAGGUUGCAUUGCAUGAACCACCACCAUUUUGAGAAAUGGUCCAUUGCACAGGAGAACAAACGAAAUGAUGGAUGAAUAGUUUGAAGUAAUUUAAACCUUACCCAGCAAUAUCCCACUCAAUUAUAUCAUGGCCAACAAUACUGGAUGAAGUUGGACCAAUAAGCUAGUUCCAUUUGUACAGAGCUUUAAAACGAAAAUAUUCACGUGAUUGUUUGUUUGAUGACCAGGAAGAAGAGUCAUCAUCUGAAGGAACAAGUAAUCAUAACAGUGCAACAAAUACCACAUUCAACUCUUCCAGAAGUACACCUUUCCAAUUUCCGGUACCUUCUAUUACACUAACGAGACCCAGUACAGAUGAUACUUCAAAUCAACAGUAAGUGUCCUUUUCCAAUGUUAUUUUUAAUAAAACAGUGGGGUCUCAAUAUCGUAUACUAAUACUAAAAUUAGGGUUUUGUGUUUGUCCAUGAUGUUGGAUUCUUUCAUUUUGCAACAAAGCAUGUGUUAUUGUGUUCAGUUCACUGAUUAGCUAUUUUCAUGCAUGGUAGAAAAGUUGAUCUUGGAAUAACUGAAUUCAUUUGAGCCUUCUGGGUGGGACCUUGAAAUAGAGGCCUCCAGAGUUUAAACAGAUCUCUUUGUAAAAGACCAGGGGCCUGUUUCUCGAAAGUUCCGGUAACGUUUCGAGCCCGAAAACAUACAUUCAAAUCGAAAUGUAAAGAAUAAGAGCACGGGUCCUGGCUAGCAAACUACUCCAUUUUGUUUCAUCAACUGAUAGUUUUAUCAUGUUAUGGCGCACAGAACUGUGUGUGUAUGUGUUUGUGUGUGUUUCUUUAUUGUAUUAUUCACCAGAAUGUCUGUAUUUGUUGUCAGAUCUAAAGCACCAUCUGUUUCUAUGGAUAUGCCGCAGCAGCUUAACCAAAUGUCUACUGCAGGCAUGAUGGGAAACUCAUUACAUGAUGAAGAUGAUGAUUAUGACUCGUGAAAAUAAUAAUAACUAUUUGAUAGACUCUGAUUGCCCAAAAUAUUUUACUUAUUUUUCCCUGCUGGCAGAGUCUACUUUUCUGUUUAUUAUUGGCAAGAGUAGGGAACUUAUUUUUAAUAAUAUACCUUUUUACUGCUCCAUUUGUGUCUCGUAGUACUAAAUGUGCGGUGAGUUUUCGUAGAUAUUGAGCUAGGAUUGCUUUGCUAGAUGGGUGAAUAGACCCGCAUUAAUUUUCUUUUUUGACGUAGACCACUAAGCGAAAACCCUUUGACACCGCUGAUUUGUUAAAAACUAAGGAAUAUAAAGCCCUGCAAAGGCUGCAAAAUUUUUACAGAUGUUUGUAUGGUGACGGGCAAGUUCUACCCUGCGAACAGAGUCUCCUUCAAUCUUCCUAGACAAGUCGGUCAGAGUAAGGUAAGAUCGAAGUGGUUCUGCAAGUUCGUGCCUUCCACCAUAAAAUGUGGAGAUUUUACAGAGCAAUAUCUUCACGUAUCACGUUGAAAAACUUGGCAUAUUCACUAUUUUUAGGGUGCUUCUUAAGCGGUCAUGAUGGAUAUUCGCCAACUAUUAUUUCUGUUCAAAAUAUGAAAAUAUGUGGAAGGGAGGGAAGAGUCUAUUGAAGUUUCAUAGUGUACUUUAUUAUAGGAAAUUUACGCGACUUAAUUCAAGGCGAAUUUAACAGAAAACGGCUUUCAAAUAAAGGAAAUGGACGCAAAAGAGGGGUUCACAUUAAAAUGAAGGAAAUUAACGCGACGUUGACAAAGAAAGAAAACUUGUUGAGACAACAGAGACAAAGUUAAACGUAUCAUCCGAAAUGGAAACUUUGUUCGUGGUACUUAACCUAAAUUAACGCACGAAGGGGAACAAGUGAAAAAAAAAAAAAAAACUGACACUUCGAGGGUUCUUGACAGUUUCCCUGAUACUGGUGGAUCUCCACCCUGUUAAAAUACUUCUCUUUCUUAGGUGACAAGAAUCUCAAAAGUGAAUCGUGAAUUUGGAGCCAAAAUAAUGGAAAUUACGGUCGCCGAACAAAAAUUAACACGAAUUUUUGAAAUUCACGUUAAUUUCAUGAAGCGUUAAUUCCUGUAAUAAAGUAUGCGCCAACCUUGUUAUCUGCCGGGAUAUGUCGAUAUGGAAUAUGUUCAAGGCAAGUUUUCCCUCUUUGACAGCCUUUCUAAUUUCUUAGAAAAGUCAAAGUCUUCUGUUUUGUUUUUGUUCCUUCCGAGUUGAGGCGGUAGUAUGAUUGUAAAGAUAAUGGAUAAAUUGCAAUAAUUAUUGUAUUUUUACAAAGAAUAGCAGAAAACUUGUAAAUAUCUCAUGUGCCAAUGCAACUUAAUUUCAAUAGCUGGGACAAUAUUUUAUAGACUACAAAUAGUCUCUUAUUUGGUCAGGGAUAAUAUGCAAUCAUCUUCGUCGCGGGUGCCGGGCACGGUGCUUUAAUCCUCACGCGUUUCCUCUGGUAUUUCACUUGUUGUAUUUUUCCUGAGGACUAGUCGUCAUCUACAUAUACGGUCCAUUUAAGAAAGGUUUUCAUGUCAGCCCCUUGUGCUUUUAGUUUAAAAAUAAUAAAAAUGAAUAAAUUCGUGGGUUUUUUGUAGUUUUGUCGCAGCCGUGCAGGACCGUGGUGCGUUCCCUUUGUCGAGUAAACUUAAAAUUUGGUUAAUUCUCACUCCAGAAAGAGAGUGAACCUUCAAGGUAUAACAACCGGUGAUAAUAGAGCCCAACUGCCUGACAGAAAGUGAUAUAAGCGAGUAACCCGCCCAACCCCUCUCCACCCAGACCCUCAACAUCCUUGGACCAACAACCUCAAAUCCAUGUCAACCAUCAGGUGUAAAAUGAGUUGGUAUGAGUUCAGUCAAUCCCAUAAUCCAAUGAAUAACGCGAGUAUGGAUGUCCGAAAUGACUUCAUAGUGAGGCAAAUGUACAUACUGUAUGUUAUAUGCUUUAUUCGAAUGAAGAAUGAUCCUCGCAGUUGUGAACGCGAUUGCAUAAAUUGCGUUCACAACUGCGAGGAUCAUUCUUCAUUUGACUACAUUUCCGUAGUUCUUAUAUGAUUUGUUUCUUAUACAUCUAUCAUAUGGUUUAUUGCUGUACCUUAAUUCAAUGAACAAUAUACCAAACCAACGUUUAUUUUUUUAUGAUGGUUGUGGGAGAGGAAUAACAGAGGCCAGGGAUUACAAGUUUGCACGGGGAAGUCUUCCACUCCAAAUGGUAUCCACCUCUCCCACAUGGUAUACAUCCAGGAAAACCUGUUGAAUUAGAGUUGUUGUGUUGUCUGUGUAGUGUAGUGUAUCCUUUUUUAUUAUAUAAACACCAAUGAAAUACCAAGUGAGCUUUCGCGCGAAAACUUGAUAUCUUCACAUGUGAAAAAUAUCACUGUUGCUAUUGCUACAUAAUAAAUCGCACCGUUCACACCAAAAAACUAUUUUUAAGUGACAUGGUUUGGUAUUUCAUUGGUGUUUAUAUAAUAAAUAGAACAUUACAUGGUCGCUUGGAGGUACGAAAUUUCUCUUCUCGUGUUGAAAAAAAUAUUUCAAUCAUUCGCUGCGCUCACUCGGAAAUAUUUUUCCAACACUCGAAGACAAAUUUCGUAUUGCCGCGCGGCCAUGUAAUAUCCUCUAUAUCUGUUUUAAAAUUAUGAAGCACAAAUGCAAGAAUAAAGAGAAACGAUUUUCCAGUUUUUUGAACUUACAUUAUUCUUUAAAAAUCACUACACAUGUAGCUGCAGGAAAAUACACGUAGUACUUUUAUUGGAUGUGAUAAAUAGGUACGUUGUUAAGUAUAGAAAAAAAGUGUUGAAAAUGUUUGUCCGCCCAAAAAUAAUUCCAGUACAGGGUGUUUGCUGCAAACUGAAAAUCCUCCCCAUCACUUUUCUCACUAGCCUGCGAACAGCGGACGCAUUUCCGGAGGGAGAGAAGCGACGACCGGAAAUGCCUCUGCUGUUCGCAGGCUAUUUUUUCACGAAAUUUUCACCGACAUGUGGACCCCUUUCUUCACCAUUCAGACCCCCUCUAGAGUAUUGCCGAGUAAAAACCCAGAGAGACGCCUGGGAACGUAUAACCCUCAGGCACUGGUUUGCAUACGUAGGUUUUGUGUGGUUUCGGUCGAUUGAGUCUCUUUCUAGACUUGUGAUGAACAUGAAUGGUAGUGAUUUGUCAAAAUUUCGAUAUGACAAGGCCAUAGUCUGUGGGAUACCUUCAUCGCUGCCUGCUGCUGCACAAAGACAGAGUGAUUGCCUGGAGCCGGUUAACUUGAGCAAAGCAUUAAACCAACAUGCUAACUACGUUCGAGCUUUGAAAAAUAUGGGAUUACAAGUCAUAGAGCUUACAGCGGACGAACAGUACCCAGACUGUGUAUUUGUUGAAGAUGCUGCAGUGGUGUGUGGUGACAUUGCUUUAGUUUGUAGGUUGGGUCACCCAACCAGACGUGGCGAGUCCGCCAGGAUGAAAACUGUGCUACAGGAGCUUGGUUUGAGUGUGGAAGAAAUGGAACACCCUGCUACUCUAGAUGGAGGGGACGUCCUCUUCACAGGUAAAGAAUUCUUAGUGGGAUUAUCUGAGAGAACGAAUGAGCAAGGAGUACACAUCUUAGCGGAAACGUUCGGUGACUAUCCUGUGACAGCCAUUUCAGUUUCGAAUCACCUGCAUCUCAAAUCCUUGAUGUCAAUGGCUGGACCUGACACUGUCAUGGUUGGAGGAAGUAGUGAAGCAGACGACGUUUGGAAUGAAGUUGAGAAAAAAGCGAAGUUCAAGUAUGAAAAGCUUACUGUUCCUGAGGAUAAAGCCGCGAAUUGUCUGUUUGUUAAUGGAACACUGUUCCAUUUGACCUCAGCAGAAAUUCCAAGAAGUUAUGAAGUAUUCAAGAAACUUCCCACUCCAAAGAUUGAGGUGGAAAAUUCUGAACUGCAUAAAGUUGACGGCGGUUUAACUUGUUUGUCUAUAUUGAUCUGAACUUGAUCUCAAUCCUCUUUUCAAAGUUUAAAGUUUAUAUUCGACUUGAAAAUAGUUUCAUUAGGCCAUGGUUUCAAGAAAGCUUUUGAUUUAACAAAAUUAUGUCGACAGAACUUGGAGUGAUCCUCUUACUGGUUUGCACAUGACCUCACGGCGGCCAUGUUGGUGGUGUGUUAGGGUUAAGAACAAAAGCAUUUCUCUCCUCUGGGAACUAAACCCUAUUUUCAUGUAAACUCUUUCAGAAAAUAUUCUAUUGUAUUAACCACCAACACACCAACAACAUGGCCACCUUGUCACGUGGUUGCAAGCCAAGAAUUCACUGAUAGGAGUGAUUAAACAGACUCAGACAAUUGCAUAGCGAAAUUCCAAUUUGUUUAAUCAUCAUACCAAGAUCUCUUACCAAUUUAUCAUAACUGAGACAAAAUUAUUGGUGAUUAUUAAUUUAUUUUUCAUUAAAACAGAAGAUCCUAUGAGAGUUCAAUAGAUAUGAAAGAAAAAGGGCCCACUUAUGGGCAACCAUCCUAUUAUAGCUUGCAUAACUGUGCAUACUGUCCAAUUACUUAAGCAUGAAGCAAGUUCCUUUGGAUUUAUUUAUUUAUUUAUUUCUCACUAUCUAUGGUCAAAGGCCAAAGGAAAAUCUUUAAACCAUAUAAAAACAGACCACCUUGUCCUGUCAAUGCUGAAAUCAGGGCUGCUAAUAUUGGUGGUUUUCACUGUCACACCAUCAAAAAUAAAAAUGGAAACCUUUUGAUACAGAAAGUCUAGAAUCUGGGAAAUGAAAGAAGAUAAAUGUACAAAAAGCCUCACCAAGAAUCAGGUCUGUGCAAUAUUUCUAAUAUGAGAUACUUGGAAAAACGUUUUACCCAAAUUUAUAAAGCUUUGUAUGGAGAGACAACAUGAUGGUGUCCCUUUCAGGGGCACAAAUAUGGCCACCAGAAACCAGCAGAAACAUCUGUUUUUGAGUUUUCCUACUAAUGCGUGAAUUCCUUGCUUGAGGAACCUAUAACGAUUGAAGUAAUAUUUAUUCUGAGACAAGGAAUGUUUAGAUAUCAAAAUCUCCCAAAAUUGGUAAUGUUUUCAACCCACAUAAGAGCUUUCCUUGCUGUCAGCUAAAUGCCACGUCACGCAAAAGCCUGGAAAUUCAAGUGUCUGUAUCACAAAACGAAGAACCCUUUUGAACCGAAAAUUUGUUUGUAUAUAGGUUAUAAGGUGCUGUAAUACCACAUGAAAGUAGAAACUCAAAAGAAGCGAUAGUUUCUUAGUUUGAAUUUUGGUGAUGUCGUGCGAAAACCAAGAAUAACCAUUUAGAUAAGAGAAAUUUUUACCAUUAUGCAUGAUAAGUAACACAUUUACUUCCAAUGUGAAGAAAUUUUUUUAGUACAUUUUUUGCCAUUACAGAUACUUGUAGCCUGAAUUUCAGUCAUCUCCUCAUUUUACAAACUGUGAGAUAAAAUUCAGGUUACCUCACAUUACGACUAAAAUAUAAAAAUUCCUGAUUUGAGGUUGGUUUAGGUCACUAACACCUGUCAGGAAUAUUUUCCCUUUUUCUAAACUUGGAUGUGCUUUUUCAAAAUUAAAGUGAAGAAAAUUUUCUUUCAUGUGAGAAAGUAUGAAAGAAUACAAGUUGAAUCAAUAAUUGAGUCCAAGUGGCAGUGACAGUAUCAUUAUUAUUGAUACUGUCACUGCCACUGGACUCUUUUUUUUUUUUUACUAAUUUGUGGUGAAACCAGUUGUGUAAACUACUAGGCUGAUAUAACAGCUUGCAUUUUGUAACUAUAACUCUGGUUUCCCCACAAAAUGACAUCUGAGGAACAAGCACAGAAAUUCCAUAUGGAUGCAUGAUGUGUCACUACCCAUAUCUGGGUGGUGCUUCUAAAUGGUUGAAGGAAAUUUCUAUUGCAGCAUGAACAAUCAGAAACACUACCCAGAUCUGGUAUAGAAUUUCUCUGCUUGCUCCUCAGACAUCAUUUUGUGGGAAAACCAGUGGUGGCAUCAUGAAAUAUCAGUUGUUUACUCAUGCUGGUAAAUCAUAAGCUUUUGAAGGUUUUCUUCACUGACUCAACUCACUAGGCUGCCCUAAUUUGUGUGUCCCCCAUGGUUUUCUGUAGCCUGUUUUUAAGGUACAAUUAUUUGUCAACAUUUAGGUCUACAUAGCUAACCUGUAAUCCUGCUCUCUUUCUGGUGAAGCUCAAAAUGCUGCAUGACACAAUUUCGUGAUUGAUACAUGUAGUUGCUUACAGGGGCAGCCUAUCUAAACUAUGUGCUUAAACUAAGAUUUGAUAGUUGGAAGAGACAAAUUUAGCAGUGGAAGAUGGUUGCUUAUCAAAAGAUAUUUGACUGCCAAAAUGUGGAAAAGGAAAAGCCACGAGGAAAGAGUAGAGGAGAAAUGUAGUCAAGACCAUUUUGUGUCAUUAACAUUCAUUUAAAAUAUUUCUGUUCAUGGCUGACCAAAUUUAGAAGAUGUUUGUAAAUAUUAUUCCAUCAUUGACAUCAGUCUCUGACUACGAGGGUGGUUUAAUUGCAAAUCAUAAAAGAUAGUGGUGCGGCAGCUUAGCUUAGCAGUUUUUUGAUUAAUUAACUCAAGAUAAUUUUGCAAGAGUGCACAGCUAUGUGGAGACUAAAUUAAUAUCCCAAUUACUGACCAAAAUGAUGCAGAAACAUCAAUUGAUGGAUAUCAACCGCUUUCUGAGGAAUAUCUGCUAAGACCAAAAAAGUGUAUCUAAAACAACCAAAAAACAGUUAGCUGCUCUGAAGACAAGAAAGUCUGCAUAAAAGCUAUCCUAGCCCUAAUCACAAGUUUUAGCUUAACGGGCAACUUCUCAUCUCAGUUAUUUCUAAAGGAAUUAAGAGCAGUGACUGGCAUGACAAAUCUGAUGUCAAAAUAAACACUGAAUAUAAAAAGACAUCUUUACUAAAUACAGUUGGGGUGACUGAGAACUUUGUUCAUAAUAAUUGAUGUACUUGAUACUCAGGCCAACAAUACAACAAUACUGGAUGAAGUUGGACCAAUAAGCUAGUUCCAUUUGUACAGAGCUUUAAAACGAAAAUAUUCACGUGAUUGUUUGUUUGAUGACCAGGAAGAAGAGUCAUCAUCUGAAGGAACAAGUAAUCAUAACAGUGCAACAAAUACCACAUUCAACGCUUCCAGAAGUACACCUUUCCAAUUUCCGGUACCUUCUAUUACACUAACGAGACCCAGUACAGAUGAUACUUCAAAUCAACAGUAAGUGUCCUUUUCCAAUGUUAUUUUUAAUAAAACAGUGGGGUCUCAAUAUCGUAUACUAAUACUAAAAUUAGGGUUUUGUGUUUGUCCAUGAUGUUGGAUUCUUUCAUUUUGCAACAAAGCAUGUGUUAUUGUGUUCAGUUCACUGAUUAGCUAUUUUCAUGCAUGGUAGAAAAGUUGAUCUUGGAAUAACUGAAUUCAUUUGAGCCUUCUGGGUGGGACCUUGAAAUAGAGGCCUCCAGAGUUUAAACAGAUCUCUUUGUAAAAGACCAGGGGCCUGUUUCUCGAAAGUUCCGGUAACGUUUCGAGCCCGAAAACAUACAUUCAAAUCGAAAUGUAAAGAAUAAGAGCACGGGUCCUGGCUAGCAAACUACUCCAUUUUGUUUCAUCAACUGAUAGUUUUAUCAUGUUAUGGCGCACAGAACUGUGUGUGUAUGUGUUUGUGUGUGUUUCUUUAUUGUAUUAUUCACCAGAAUGUCUGUAUUUGUUGUCAGAUCUAAAGCACCAUCUGUUUCUAUGGAUAUGCCGCAGCAGCUUAACCAAAUGUCUACUGCAGGCAUGAUGGGAAACUCAUUACAUGAUGAAGAUGAUGAUUAUGACUCGUGA